UUACAGGAGGAAACCACGGUCUCUCUGAACACAGUGGACAGCAUCGACAGCUUUGUGGCCGACAUAAACAACGGCCACUGGGACUCGGUUCUGCUCGCCAUUGAAUCUCUCAAGCUGCCAGACAACACUCUCAUUGAUCUAUAUGAGCAGGUUGUCAUGGAGCUGAUUGAGAUGAGGGAGAUGGGGGCAGCUCGCUCUCUCCUCAAACAGACCGACCCUAUGAUCAUGCUCAAACAAACUCAACCUGAAAGAUACAAGCAUCUGGAAAGCCUCCUCACAUGCACCUACUUCGACCCCAGAGAGGCCUACCCAAAGGGAAGCAGCAAAGAGAAGAGAAGAAGGGCAAUCGCUGAGGCCAUGGUGAAGGAGGUGUGUGUGGUGCCUCCAUCGCGGCUUAUAGGACUCCUGGAGCAAGUUGGUACCCAGAGAGUCCGACAGUACCAGGGGCAUCUCUCCCCAGAUAUGGGCUUUCAUUCCCCAAACAAUGAGCCUGUGGAAGAGGAGAGUUAUCCAACACAACUAUACCGCCACAUCAAGUUUGGGAGGAGGUCUCAUGUGGAAUGCGCCCGUUUCUCUCCGGACGGGAAAUACCUGGUCACUGGGUCAGUGGACGGAUUUGUUGAAGUUUGGAAUUACAUCACAGGGAAUAUAAGCAAAGAUCUAAAAUACCAGGCACAAGACAGCUUCAUGAUGAUGGAUGAAGCCGUACUGUGCAUGUGUUUCAGUCCAGAUGGAGACAUACUGGCCACUGGAGCGCAGAAUGGAAAAAUUAAGAUUUGGAAGAUCCAGAGUGGUUUGUGCGUGCGCAGGUUUGAACAUGCGCACAGCAAAGGCGUCACUUGUCUGAGCUUUUCCAAGGACAGUAACCACAUCCUGAGCGCCUCAUUCGACCAGACCAUCAGAAUCCAUGAGCUGAGGUCAGGAAAGACACUUAAGGAGCUAAAUGGGCACACAUCAUUUGUAAACGACGCAUGUUUCACACAAGAUGGAUUUCACAUAAUCAGUGCCUCAUCAGAUGGCACUGUUAAGGUCUGGAGCACAAAAACAUGUGAUUGUGUCCACACAUAUAAAUCACUGACAUCUGAAGUCCCAGUCAACAAUGUGAUUCCUCUGCCACAAAAACCAGAUGAGUUUGUGGUCUGCAAUCACUCCAGCACUGUUGUCAUCAUGAACCUGCGCGGACAAACUAUAAAAAGUUUCAGUGCAGACAGAAAGGAAGGCGCUGGGUUUGUUUGCUGCACUGUGUCUCCCCGUGGAGAGUGGAUUUACUGUGUGGGGGAGGACCUGGUGCUCUAUUGCUUCAGCUACACCACAGGAAGACUGGAGAAAACACUGACCGUUCACGAGAAGGAUGUAAUUGGCAUCGCUCACCACCCACACGAGAGUCUGAUCGCCACCUUUAGUGAGGACGGUCUCUUGAGGCUGUGGAAACCUUGAACUGUCAUCUGUGAGACUGGCAUAUGUAUUUAUGUCCAUUCAAAGGGCAACUCAAAGGCAUUGUUUAGUAAUAACUUUACUAAUGUAUAUGUCAAAAACAACCUGACAUUUCCCGUUCUUCCUUUGAACUAACACUGCCCAUAGCGAAGCAGUUACAGUGCAGCAAACUCCUGUUGUUUAUUUUUAUAUUUGUGGUUAAAGGUCCUGUAUUACACAACAUUGACUCUUGUGAGUUUUGAGCCAUGUUAAAAUGUUGUUACUGCAUCAAAAACGUAACCACAGUUGCGUUUUGUUUUAUUCACAUUUAUUAUUAGUCAUCUUUAACGCUCAAAAUGCUCUGUUACACCUUGUGAAGCCAUGAAGUGGUAGUUUUCAAGUUAACAGCCAACUUUUACCUUUAGUUCAGUAGAGUUUGACAAUUCAAGGGCUGAAAUUAUACAAAUGUUUUUAGUGAUGAUGUAUGGAGUUUAAAAACACAAUGGAGCAUUUCCUGUAUUACCACAUGUAAUCACAAGGUGGAACAGUGUUUUCAGUUUGAGAGAAGAACUAAAUAUGCGGGGUUUGUGUGUUAAACAUGUGUGAAUGAAGCAAAACACAACUCCAGGUAUGUUUUUGAUGAGGAAACAGCAUUGUAACAGAUCAGAAAAUCGUGUAAUAUAGGCCCUUUAAAUUUGUUUGUAACCACUGACGGGGGAAGUGAAGAACAGUUUAUCUCUUCAUGUCGGAGCAAAUCCAAAAUAGCAAUUCUUGUGGGAUGUUAUGGUGGUGAAAUACUUUUGUACUACUGUUUUGUUUUCUGUGUAUCUGCAUGCUACCUCAGUGCAGUGUCUUAAUGUGGCUCUACACGAACUUUCUUAUGAUUAUGAAAUAUGCAUGACAAUAAACCUCACUGGAGCUGUACCAUCACCUGUCAAUCGGUGUGCAUAAUAAACAAUAAAAUCA